AUGACGCACGUCUGCAUUGAAAGUGUCACAGUGAGCACCGUGGUGGAUCUGCAGAAGAGAAUUAUUGGAGGUCAAGAGUGUAGAGGAGAUGAGCGUCGUUACCAUGUGAGGAUAACUGAUGGUACCCAUGAGACGUUUUGUGGUGGCUCUCUGAUCAGUAACCAGUGGAUUCUGACUGCAGCACACUGCCAGGAGCCAGGAUGGACUAUAUAUGCAAAUUUAAGUGUGCAUCCUGGGCAAGGAUAUGAAGUAGUGCAAAUCACAGCACCACCCACGAUCUAUACUGACAACGGCGUCAGUCAUGACAUCAUGCUGCUGAAGCUACCUAACCCUACUCAGGUUCAACCUGUACCACUUCCUAGGUGUAACGAUCGUCCCAGAGUAGGUGAUGCAGUUCAGAUUGCAGGUUAUGCAGCAACUACUGCAGGCCCUAAUAAUGUAAGAGGGACCAAUUUAUCUUCAUUUAGGUUUUUGGCACCAACCCCAACCCAGACCAGCCGCCUCAAGAAAGCACAUGAGCUCAACGUGGCCCAUGUGGCCUGCAUCUAUGGUUUGACCAGUACUGCUUUUAAUGGCUGA